AUGUUACAACAACAACAACAAUUUUUAACUUUAUCUUCAGAAGUUUCAGAACCAUUUAUAAUUCCAAAUAUUUCACCAGUUUCAUCACCAAAAUUACAAGCUAAAAAAUUAACUGGUGUUUUCACAACUAAUAAUAAAAAACCAGAAAUGGGUGAUGUUGAAAAAGUUACACCUUUAAAAGUUAUUGAAGAAGAUGAACCAUAUUUAAAUAAUGAAAAUGAUGAUGCUACAUUAAUAAGUACAAGAAAUUUAAGUAUAAUUGAUUUAAAUUAA